GAAGCUCUGAGUGAAAAGUGACCGGAGAAGAAGCCAGUCAACGUUGGACUCGUGUAAUGUAAGUCCAAAUCGGCAUCGCUCUAUCUUGCCUGACACUCCGCCCGAUCGCACUGCCCCCGAAUUAUUGAAGCCACUUAUUUAAAAAUCAAGCGAUUGAUCGCUUUAGGUUUCGACCACAUCGUUUAUGGUUUUGAUGCUUGGUAACAUAUAUCUUUGUUUCUUUUCUUGGAGAUUGAAGGCCGUGUUAUAAGUCAAUGUAUCUGUGAAUUGUUUUAAAAUCGAAGAGUUUCAACUUAACGAAGCGAUUCUGACAUGAAGAUUAGGGUUUUAUUAUUUUUAUGUUACCUUGUGCUCUUUAAUUGCUAUUUUGCUGGUCUGCGAUCGGAAGAAACAAAGAAGAACAAGUUUCGAGAGCGAGAGGCUACUGACGAUGCCGUUGCUUAUCCCAAUUUGGAUGAGAGUGAGCUGUUGAAUACGCAGUGCCCUCAGCAUUUGGAGCUAAGAUGGCAAACGGAAGUCAGCUCCAGUAUAUAUGCCACACCAUUGAUUGCUGAUAUCAACAGUGAUGGAAAGCUUGAUGUUGUUGUUCCUUCAUUUGUUCACUUCUUAGAAGUCCUAGAAGGUUCUGAUGGAGAUAAAAUGCCAGGAUGGCCUGCUUUCCACCAGUCAACUGUUCAUUCCAGUCCUUUUUUAUAUGAUAUUGAUAAGGAUGGUGUGAGAGAAAUAGGGUUGGCCACCUACAAUGGUGAGGUGCUCUUUUUCAGGGUUUCUGGCUACAUGAUGUCAGACAAGCUAGAGAUUCCUAGAUUGAAAGUUAAAAAGGAUUGGUAUGUGGGUUUGCAUGAAGACCCAGUGGACCGUUCUCAUCCAAAUGUUCAUGAUGACCUAUUGAUCCAGGAGGCGCUUAUGGAAUCAAUAACUCAGCAUAAUGGAAGUUCAGUCAGGGCAAACACUUCAAACCCUACUACAUCAGAAGCUCACAUUGAAGAAUUAAACUCUACAAAAUCUACAGUCGCAGAAGUUCAACUUGAUAAAAUAAACUUAUCUGAUACACCAAAUCAAAAGCAAAGCAAUGAUAGCCAAACAGAUCCACAUGUUCAAAUGCUAAAUAAUUCGAUUGAGACUUCAUUGGGUUCUGGAUUCAAGAAAGUUAGCGACGGUGAAAAUGCUUCAAAGACUAGCAGAAGGCUACUGGAAGAUAAUGUCUCAAAAGGCUCCGGGGAGAGUGUCUCUGGAUCUGAAGCAAAAACCAAUGAGGGAGUCCACGAGGCUACAGUGGAAAAUAAUGGAGGUUUGGAGGCAGAAGCCGAUUCAUCAUUUGAAUUGUUCCGAGAUAGCGAUGAGCUGGCUGAUGAAUAUAAUUAUGAUUAUGAUGAUUAUGUUGAUGGAAAUCUGUGGGGAGAAGAGGAGUGGACUGAAGCUCAGCAUGAAAUGUUAGAAAAUUAUGUGCAUAUUGAUGCACAUGUUUUGUGCACUCCUGUUAUUGCAGAUAUUGAUAAUGAUGGGACCUCAGAGAUGGUUGUUGCAGUUUCCUACUUCUUUGACCGUGAGUAUUAUGACAACCCAGAGCAUUCAAAGGACCUUGGUGGCAUUGACAUUGGUAAAUAUGUUGCUGGUGGUAUUGUUGUUUUCAAUCUAGACACAAAGCAGGUCAAAUGGAGUACACAACUGGACCUAAGUACAGAGAAUGGAAAGUUUCGUGCCUAUAUAUAUUCUUCUCCAACUGUAGUUGAUUUGGAUGGUGAUGGGAAUUUGGACAUUCUUGUUGGAACUUCUUAUGGAUUGUUGUAUGUAUUUGAUCACAAGGGCGAAAUGAGGGUGAAGUUUCCUGUGGAAAUGGCUGAAAUACAAGGAGCAGUCAUUGCUGCUGAUAUUAAUGAUGAUGGAAAGAUUGAAAUUGUUACUACUGAUACACAUGGGAAUGUGGCUGCAUGGACUACUCAGGGAAAAGAAAUAUGGGAACAACAUCUUAAGAGCCUUGUUCCACAGGGAGCGAGUGUGGGUGAUGUGGAUGGGGAUGGCCAUACAGAUGUUGUUGUUCCGACGUUAUCUGGGAAUAUAUAUGUGCUGAGUGGCAAGGAUGGAUCUUUUGUAAGGCCAUAUCCAUAUAGAACUCAUGGUAGAGUGAUGAAUCAGGUACUUCUGGUUGACUUGAGCAAAAGAGGGGAAAAGAAGAAGGGGCUUACUAUUGUUACAACUUCAUUUGAUGGAUAUAUGUAUCUUAUUGAUGGACCGACAUCAUGUGCGGAUGUGGUGGAUAUUGGUGAAACUUCAUAUAGCAUGGUCUUGGCUGAUAAUGUGGAUGGUGGAGAUGAUUUGGAUCUUAUAGUCACAACAAUGAAUGGAAAUGUCUUCUGCUUCUCAACUCCUGCUCCCCAUCAUCCUCUCAAGGCUUGGAGAUCACAUAAUCAGGGGAGGAACAAUGUUGCAUACCGUCCCAAUCGCGAGGGAAUCCACGUUACUCCAUCAUCGAGGGCUUUCCGAGAUGAAGAAGGUAAGAGUUUCUGGGUCGAGAUGGAGAUUGUGGAUGGGUACAGGAUUCCAUCUGGAUAUCAAGGUCCUUACAAUGUUACGGUAAGCUUGUUGGUUCCUGGUAAUUACCAAGGGGAAAGGACGAUUAAGCAAAACCAUGUCUUUGAUCGUGCUGGAGUUCAUAGGAUAAAGCUUCCAACUGUAGGGGUGAGGACCUCUGGGAUGGUUGUGGUGGAAAUGGUUGACAAGAAUGGGCUCUAUUUUUCUGAUGACUUCGCCCUGACAUUCCAUAUGCACUAUUACAAGUUGUUGAAAUGGCUUCUAGUCCUUCCAAUGCUUGGGAUGUUUGGUGUCAUUGUCAUUCUCCGUCCACAGGAGGGAAUGCCACUGCCAUCAUUUUCACGGAACACCGACUUGUGAUGUUAAGCUACUUUUGAUAGUGGAUGAUAGACAAUUUUGCUAAUACAGCCGGACACAAGACUCUUGAAAUGUGAUAUUUAUCCAAAGUUCGCCACAGAUGUAAUAUCAUGGAGCCGAGACCAUAUUAGUAUGUUAGGGAGGUCACCUGAAUCAAGCCUGAAAUACAUCUCACUGUAGAAAAGCAGGAUAAAGGCUUUGGAGCUUCAUGUCCAAAUGUAACUCCCCUUUUGAUACUUACUUAGGAACAGGAAUUACUGGGAAAUUGAAUGUUCAUUCACAUCAUGUAUGUCUCAGCUUGGACUUCGUGCUUUCCAUUUCUUUGGAUAUACGGAUACCCGCAGACUGGCUGAGACGCGGGCUAGGAUAGUCUCGUUCCCUUACUAAUUGUUGAACUUAGCGGUACAUUUGCAAGAAAUGGCGAAAUGUAAGGCGCGCUGGAUAUUUUCGUUUU